AUGGUGGGAAAGAUACAGACUGGUUUCACGGCUCCUGUACCCACACGAAUGCAGAUCGGGCACCCUGGUGGAGAGUGGACCUGA